AUAAUAAAAACCUAUAUGCGAUAUACAUAUGUGCCAGCCAGACUGUCAUUGACGUUUGACUUUGGCUCGCUCCGAUCUGCGAUUCAAAACUGACCCUCGUUGAAGUGCGUUAAAAACGCUUUAUAUUUAUUUUUGUGUCUGUGAAAUUGCGUUCUGUUGUUUAAUUGUGGUGGCCCCUGAAAAUCGCAGUCACGCCUCACUUACCGGACUCUUUUGUUCCCAUUGGGCUGUCGCAAAAUGGCACAAACACGUAUGAAAUUGGCGAUGUCUGGCGAUCAAAAUGAGUUUCCGAUCUGUUUCGCUGACCCAAAUUGGCCCGCUUAAAACACACACUCCCAUUCAGAUCUCGACGACCUUCCAGGCAGCUCGGCUAUCGGCGACUAUCUGACUUUAUCGCAGAUCUUAUAUCGGACUAAUUGCAGGCGAGGUCGUCCAUCUAGUUGAGAUUGCUCGGGGAGUACGAAGGAUCGUAAUUGGUUGGAAUUCUAGUGUAUCGACACUCCACGCCACUCGGGGGUUCUUCAACUCGAGUGUGUGGCCGAAAGCUAAUCAAUUACCCGGCGAGAUCGAGAUUUAAUCACCCCCUACUGCGACUCCGAAAUUCGAAUACGGCUAGAUGCAUAUUUUCCAAAUUACUUUCGUGAUGUAAGCGGCGUAGUAUUUUGCGAGUGGGUUUUGUUUUUGGGCCUUAUCAAGACUUGCUAAUGGUUGAAUCACGGCGGAAAGUCGGUCGAGAGGUUGCCUGGGAUUUUGAGAUGAUUUCGGAAAUGUGAAUGAUCUCACGUCUGAAUAGAGCGCAGGUGUGGUUGGUAGCUGAGGUGCGGGUGCUGUCUGCAAACUGCUUCCUUCUCGGGCAAUUGUAUGCAAAACCUACGAAAGCACCUGAACUAAGAGAGAGUUUGUUUUGGUAAUUCAUACUCGAACACGGCGCAGACAAUUAGCACAAUCAUUGACGUCACCAGAAUUCAGCGAAAUGUUCACACGCUGUCAAUGUCGACAUUGUCACACCCAGCGACAAUACUAAAAACAGUGUUUAAUAGGUAAAAACAAAGUCCGAAAAAUUAGUCAGAGCGCCGCACCGAAUUUCACAUGAAGGUGUAGCUUUGGUGCUAUCAAUAGAUGGUAACAUAAACAGCUUUGACCGAUCAGAAACUGAGAUUUCUUCAGAUUAGAUUGUGCCGAAAUUGAACUCGAUUGACUCAAAUACCCAGUUCUUGGAGUGAUCAUGUUCAGUUCCUCGAAGAAACCUCAGUCAAACGGUUGUCCGUCAUGCGAUUGCACGAAAAGUUUGGAAAGUUCCACCUUCAUCACAAAAGAUGUCCUCAGCGAAGUUUUUCGGUAAGGUUUGGCUGAUCUAAAUGGUUCUAUUGCGUUGUUAUCAAUCGUAGUUCUCCCAUACAUUUUGUUGUGUUCUUUGUAUAAAUAUGCUGAUAGUUCUAAUAUUUGGGUGUAAUAUAUGCCAAAUAUGGUGAGACUUGGGUGGUCUAGAUGGUUCUAUUGCGUUGUUUUCAACAAAAGUUCUACCAUACAUUUUUUUGUGUUCUCUGUAAAACUAUCUUGACAAUUCUAACAGUUGUGUGUAAUAUAGCCUACUCUACAGAAUUAUUCUGACAAUUCUGUUAGUUGUGGGUUAUAUAUGCCAAAUAGGUCUUGAAAAUGUUAGAGAAAGCAGGAGGCUUUGCCUUUGCCUUCAUCGGGUUUCAUCCGGCGGGCCGUUGAUCAGUUUCAUUUCGUUGCCAGUUAUUGUUUUAUUUCGUUCCUUAGGAGUACAGAGCUCCCCAAAGUAAAAUUUCGUAUUUUUCUAACCCAACCGGGUUUCAUUCCGUGUUUCGUCGUUCGCUUCUUUUCGUUGGUCGGUAGCCCGUAUCCGUGAAGUGAGUUCCAUCCGUAGACCGUGGGGAAGCGUUCUUCGUCUUUGGAGGUUUUGCUAAAAUUGACCGUGAAUAGGUAGCCAGAAUGAGUAGCCACCAGUGCAGCCUGGGCAAGCUGGCCCAGCGGGGCGCCAGUCUGCGGAUCUCUCCGCUGGCCACCACGAUGCGCAGUUUCUACCACACCCGCAGCAGGCCGUUCGUGGUCCAGAGCAUGGGCCAACUGAACCAGUGGUCCAAGCCCGCCCAGCCACAGCCCGACAACUUCGAGCGCAGCCGGGUGCGCAAGAUCGUGGGGGUCAAGAAGACGCUGGUCAACCAGAUGCAGGGCAUGGCCCCCAGCCUGGGGCACUCGAAGGUGGCGCCCUACAAGAUCUACGGCAAGACGCGGCUCUUCUCCUCCUCGAGCAACCUGCACGGCCGCUCGCAGCACCAGGAGCAGGAGGAGGACGAGGAGGAGUUCUCGGACCAGGAGGAGCUGCCGUCCCACACCAAGGCCUCGUUGUCGGCCACCCAGCGGCGCUACAACCAGGCUUCGGGAUUCGGCAAGGGCAUGGCCUCGCAGGCGGCCAGGGACAUCAGCCAGUCCAUCCAGGAGGAGCUGAUGGUGGUGGACGCCGAGACGCGCGACAUGCUCAACUGCGAUCCGGGUCGCCAGGCGGUGCGCGACUACCGCGAGCAGAUGACCCACAGGCCGAGAAAUCUUCCCGCUGACCCCAUGCAGGGCUGGAAGCAUCCGCGGCCCCUCAAGUACCUCUCCAAUGUGUCCGCCAGCGGCGCAGGCGAAAGCAGCAGCAGCAGCAGUGGGUCGGGGGCCCAGCCGGAGGGGCAGGAGGAUCGCCAGAUGAGGCCACGUCGCCGCCAGAUGGUCGUGGGUCACACCAUCCGCAACCGCGAGGCUACCACAAAGGCUCCACCACCGCUGACGCAGUUCAGCUCCGGACCAAGGCUCGAGAUGUACACCUCCAAUGCCAAGGAGAUGAUGUCGGAGCAGCGCAGCGAGCUGCGCCCGCAGACCAGUUGGCACCGCCCCAAGGCAGCCGUCGAGGACAAGCCGGAGGAUCUGCUGAUGGACGUUUCCCUGGUCCGGCCGGUGCGUCCGGAUAUCACGGUGGCCAGGGGCCUCCCGAAGUCCGGGGAGAACGCCGCCGAACCUGAAUCGUGGUACGAGCAGCCCAAGGCGGAGCGCGAGUUUCUCAAGCAGGCCUUCCUCGGCGGGUCCAGGAGUCGCCGCAAGGCGGGGCAGCCGCGUUUGGAUGAGCUCCACUAUGACGGGGCCGACAAUUCGGCCCAGAUAAGCGCCUCCCAGCAGGUGAUCAACCAGAAGUACGCGGGCUUCCGCAGGUCGGCGAGGGGGAAUCAGAAGCACAUGGUCCGCCAGAUCGUGGAGCCGGUGAAUCCGACGCCGCAGCUCAAUUCGCGUCCGCGGGCCAUGUCGGAGCCCCGGGACACGCGCAGGAGGCGUGGCAUCGCCAGGCAGGGCGUCGAGCGACAGGCUGCGCCCCGUUUCUUCGGCGGAUAUGGCCAGGCAGCUGCCGGAGAGCGGGACGAGAAUGAAGACGAGGGCGACGCCAGGGAGGAGCCGAGUACCUCCAAGUCCAACUGGCCGUCGCCCAACAACUCGCUGCUUCCGAUGUCCUCGCGGAGUGACUCUCGCCUGGAAACGGACAGCAAGGCGCGCGGCAGGAGUGUCUAUGGCGAGAAGCGGGGGCCCAAGAAGCCGGAGGCCACAGAAGCCCCCGUGGAGCACGACAUCGGGAUGCCAACAAAAUACAGGAAGGAGUCGGCCGUGCAGCGCCUGGGAAGCGCUUCCGCCAAGUACAACAGCCGUGCCUUCAACAGCUACUAAUCCCGAGCUCCGAAUCUUAAGCCACAACCCAAAUAGAACCAUGACCACCUCCCUGAAAGUCCAAUCCAAUCCCAAUCCGCGUCCACACUUCUCCCAGCCCGACAACAGUUGUACUAGCCAGACGAAAAUUUGCGCAUCGAGAUGUCAAAAUCCCUAGAAGUCAAACAAAUUGAGGCGUGACAAUCUCUUUGGCCAAUGUGUAAUUUCAUCGUAGAACCAAGUAACUUCAAUAAAAUCGAUUACAGUUGUGUAAAUUGA